AUGGUACCCCGACCGGAUAUCAGAGCAUCGGACCAAAUCGUACUCAAACCACCCACGGACCGAACCCUGCGAUUCAGAGAAGAUGGGACAUUUCACAUUGGGGUCUUUGAGGAUUUGCAUUUCGCAGAGGACGAAGAAAAAGACGAAAAGUCUAAAAAAGUGAUGUUAAACAUCCUCUCGGAGGAGGACAUCGACUUCAUAGUCAUAAACGGCGACCUAGUAUCCGGCGAAAGAACCCAAAAAGCCGAUUCAAAAAAACAUAUCGACUCGGUCGUUUCCCCUCUUGUCAAUGAGGGGUACAGCUGGGCAUCAACCUAUGGCAACCACGACAGCGAGGUUAAUCUCAAUCCGAAAGAUGACAUGUUCAAGGCCGAGCAAAAGUACCCCAACAGCUUGACGCAGAGUAGAAUCUCCGGUGACAAGGCCGGAAUAACGAAUUAUUACCUGCCAGUGUUUUCACAUGGACAGGCAAAUACCAGCACGCCUGCGCUGCUGCUGUGGUUCUUCGAUUCGAAGGGUGGACAUUAUUAUCAAAAGGAAGGAGAGGAGGGGCCUGCCGUUAAGAGACCCAGUUGGAUUGAUGAAUCGGUCGUUGACUGGUUCACCAAAACCGAUUCCAAACUGAAAAAGCAGUAUGGAAAAGUCAUCCCCUCGCUAGCAUUCUAUCACAUCCCCGCCCACGCAAUGCUCGAGCACCAACAAACAAGAGGCAUAAAUCCGCGCCUGACGCCCGGCGUGAACCGCGAACGCGUUAACCCGCAAGGAACCGGCCCGUGGACCUAUGACGGCCAGGACGUCAAGUUCAUGGACGCGCUACUGCACACUGAGGGCUUAAUUGCAGGAUUUAGCGGCCACGAUCACCAAAAUGACUGGUGCUUUAAAUGGGAUGGCUCUCUCGUUGACCAUGGUCUAACCGGGAAUGGUAUAAAUAUGUGCUACGGUCGGCAUACGGGGUAUGGUGGCUACGGCGAUCUGCUCCGUGGUGGGCGGCAGAUCUUACUCCACGAGGGAAAUCUCGCAGACGACACUGAGACAUGGAUUCGAUUGGAAGAUGGGUCGGCCCAAGCCCGUGUCACGUUAAACACAACUUAUGGCCAGGAUCCUUACCUUGCUGUUACUAAUGCUGCUGGAAAGCCCGAUUCCCAUGUGCAGGACCCUUUGGUUUCUUUGUCUUGGUUGUGGAUUCCAAUUAUGAUGCUCUCGCGGUGGAGGGCCUAA